AUGUGUUCUCUCAGAAAGAUCUUUGGUACUUUCUUACUAACUGGCUCUCAUAUAUCCUGUGCAGUUGCACAGUCCACGGAGCAUCAGGCCACAAACUUGACCCUGACGGGGCAUAUUGAGCCUUCGGAGAUAUUCACCUUCGUCUACGUCCCAUUUGAAGUUUCUUCGGAUGUGACCUCGAUAUAUGUCUACCAGAACUACUCGUUCAAAGGCGCAGGUAACUCGCUCGACCUAGGCAUUUAUGAUCCUCGUGGUUUCUCCCCAAUCAACAGUCAAGAGGGUUAUAGCGGUUCGAGGGGGUGGUCAGGCGGGUUCCGAAGUAACUUUACCAUCUCUGCCUCCGAUGCUACCCCCGGAUAUAAUGCCGGCCCUCUUCUGCCAGGAACGUGGAAUGUCGUCCUCGGUCCGUACGCCUCCAACCGUUCGGGCAUCGACUGGACUCUGGAUAUCAGCCUCUCAUACACCCCUAACACCACUUUCUGGUCUCCUUCCUAUGCUUCGACGUAUAAGGAAUCCUUCGAGAGUCCUCAGUGGCUCCGCGGCGAUUUCCACAUGCAUUCCAUCUAUUCCGAUGGCCGCUAUCUGCCCAGCCAACAAAUCGCCAACGCUCUCUCUCGCAAUCUCGACUUUAUCUUUUUCUCCGAACACAACACUGAUACGGGAAACAAUGACAUCGGCAAAUGGAUCCCUACCAAUGCAUCACACCUGCUGAUUGGCCGCGCAAUUGAGGUCACCACCAGAUUCGGCCAUUGGCAAGCCAUAGGUCUUGAACGGCAGCAACAAGUUGAGUGGCGCUAUACCAACUCCUCCCACGACACGGGCUUUAUCCACGCAGCGACCCAAGUCCGCAACAGUGGCGGUCUCGUCUCCGUCAACCACCCGUUCCAGAAUUGUUCACGUUGCGACUGGACGCUCGACUGGGAUCACAAUGAUGCGAUUGAAGUGUGGAAUGGCCGGUUUGACCCGCUGGACCAGGUGGCGGUCGCGUUCUGGCAGAGUGAGUUGGUCAAAGGAAAGAAGAUCACGGCGUUGGGAGGAAGUGAUGCUCAUCACCCGCCGGAUAUUAACGGAUUGCCGACUACCGUGGUGAGGGUGACCGGGGAGAAGAGUCAGGCCAGCGUAGUGGAGGGAGUUAAAUUGGGCAGGGCUUACCUCGUAGAAGGGCCUGGCAUGGAGAUUGAGUUUGGGCUCCAGUAUGGCCAAGGGCUCAAGGCUGAGAUUGGAGAUGUGGUCGCCAAGAGAGUGUUGGAUAGCGAUACCGUAGCCGAGUUUGCUGGAACAGGAUUCGAGGGUGCCAGUGCGUGCUUUGUGAGUGAGCAGGGAUAUUUCAGAAACGAGUCGAUUACUGGCGGACAGCGGAUCAAGCAGGCCGUCUCCGGUAUGGACUUUCUGAGAGUUGAAGUCCGGAACUCGUCUGAUAUAUUACUCGGGUUGACCAACCCGAUAUAUUUCGUUUGA